GAGUCAAAAUUAUGGCACCUACAAAGCAGGCUGUACACAAGCAGACGAUAGAAAGAAUCGGAUUAAGAAGCCAGAAAUCCGAGAUAGAGUAUGAUACAGUGGAAUACGUAGACCGGGCAGGGAAUGAAUUGCUUGCCAACUGGAAGUGCAUAGUUCAAGAAAAAGAGGAAGCAAUCCAAACAACCUCCAACAAACUACAGAAUAUGCAACCAAGCAAACUUUCCGAGAAUAGGCUCCGACAAGAAAUAGAGCAAUACAUCGAUUUUAUAGAGGCUGACAGACAUGUUAUGAAACGAUGUAUGCAAAAUCUACAAAUCUUCAUGAAAGAUAGGCUUGAUUACUUAAGGAAACAGAAACAGUUUUUUCUUGAAAAACAGAAAACACUGAACAAUGUUUACAAAACAACUGAAAAGAGCAACCGCUCAAGAAUUCCAAAUCCUUUUCCAAAAUUCAUCCUUGACGUGAAACACGAACAUUACCAACUGUUCAACGAGGAACUUUUGAUUUCAUCAAAUGGUAGCACAAACAAGUAUAAAAGACAAAUGACCGAAGUUAACGCUGUCAUUAUUGAUGACACCACGUUAUAUAUUGGGAGAACUGGUAAAACACGCGUGAUGACACCAAUCCAUGAAAAUAUACUAGAAUCAGACAAGUGCAUUACCGGCGAGUGUGUUGACUCUUGCUGCACAUUGCGUAGGUCCGACUCGGAAAUUAGUUUUCUGAAUAAUGAAUUUGAAGUUGAGUAUAAUAUGUUUGAACUAUCGUUAGAAAGCAAGGAGACUGAAAACUGUUCUAGAAAGGAGAUGACACAAAGGAACGAGCUCCAAAUUCAUGUAAAGAAAUCGAAAAUUCCUGUCGUAGUUAAACUGCCACAAUUGCUAGCUAACAAGAAAAUGAAAUACGAGGAAAAGUCGCCGUUUACUCCAACAAAACCAUCACUACUCCUACCAAACAAGAAGAUAAAAUGUGUGGAAGAUUCGUAUUCAGAGACUCUAAAGCUCCAACCAUUGGUACCAAACACUAAGAUAAUAUACGCAAAAGAACCCUCUGACACUACUCUUAAACUUCCACUAUUGUUACCUUUUAAAGAGCAAAUAUGUAUGCAAGAACACCUCUAUACUAAUCGCCCUGAUUCUCCAAAACUGCUUCCACCAUUACAGAACUUGCCACAAAACAUCAAAAAGACAUUAAUAGUUAACAAGAUCAGGGAUGAAAGCAAAGAUAAAAGUAAAGUUAUGCCAAUAGAAUCAAUGUCCAAACCAACACCACAGCAACCAGCUGAGAAAAAAGCUUCCAAUGAAAUUAUAGAUAUGACCCCAAAAUUAGUCUCUAAAACGGUUAAAUUGAAAACUAAGUAUCAAACUUUUAAGCUGAAAAAGGCAUCUCGUAAAAAUAACUACGCCAGUGAUAGAAAGUACCGAUUUUCCAGGCUGCAUAUCUCAUCUGGUAAUAAAUGCUAUAUCCUUAAAAGCAAAAGUGAUAGAGUAAACAAAAUUGUUUAUGAAAGAUACUGCACCAAACGAACGCAAAACAUGGAUAAAGGAAAGCAAACAGUCAAAGAACAUUCAAACAGAUACCCAGACAAAACUCAAAUUCAUAUAUUGCCACAAAUUAUAAAAGAGACAUAUAUUGAAAAUAAGAUUAAGAAUGAAGAGAAAGAGAAAAGUAAAGUUAUUCCAACGCAAACAACGUCUAUAUCAGCUCCACAGAAAUUUGCUGAGACAACGGCAAACGGCGAAACUUUUGAUGUGAACUCAGAAUUAGCGUUAGAAAGGGAAGAUUGGGAGAAUAUGUUUCCAACUUUCAGGCUGCAAAAGGCAUCUGAAAAAGAUUGCUUCAUCUCUGAGAGAACGUACCGAUUUUCCAGGCUGGAUAAGUCAUCUGGUAAAAAUUGCUAUAUACCUAAAAGCAAGAGUGAUAAAGUAAGCAAAAUUGUUACUGAAAAAUAUUGUACCACAAAAACACCAAAAAUGAAUGCCAAAAAGCAAACAGAAAUAGAAAAAUCAGACAGCUACCCAGCACCAGAUCAAAGUCAUACUUGGCAACAAAAUUUUAAAAAGAUAUUAAUCGUAAAAAAGAUAAGGAAUGAAAACAAAGAUAAAAGUGAAGUUGUGAAAUCAAUGCCUUUAUCAGCUCCAAAGCAGGCCGAUGAGACAAACACUUUCAAUAAAAUGUCUAAAUCAGCACAACAGCAGGUCGACGAGACAACAGCUUUCAAUGAAAUGUCUCGAUCAGCACAACAGCAGGCUGAUAAGACAUUAGAUUCCGAUAAAAUGUCUAAAUCAACACAACAGCAGUUUUAUGAGACAACAGAUUCAAUAAAAAUUUUAAAUUCCACAAGAAAAGCAAAUAGGAAUGUCAGAAAGCAAACAGUAAAAGAAAAAUCGGCCAGCUACUUAGAAAGCUACUUAGAACCAGACCAAACUCAUUAUAUGCCUGAUAUUGCAGUGGAUGAUAAAUAUCCCACUGAAGACAUCUUUCUCAAGCUGGAUGAUAACGAACUAAUAGGGUUUUAUCAGGUGCAAGACAAAGAUCUGUUUCCUGUAAUCGAAAAUGUGAGUGACAUCAAAGGGAUAGAAUUGUUCAAGAAACUGCAAGACCAGCGUAUUGCAGUCAUUCAAAGUAAUACCGUAGAUGACAUUCAGAGCUCGAGCUCAGGUAGUACACUAAAUGUUUACCAAGAUGCAGGAAAAAAUGGUGGUACAUUGAAAUCAACAAUUAAAUCAUUUGUUAAAAAACUUAUUCCAGAUUGCAUAACGAACGGUUACCAAUGUCAACCGACAGAAACUCUUUCUUCAAAAUGGCAAAUUAUAAAAAUCCGCCCUGGAACGAAUAUCAAGACACAACAUAUUCCUAUGCCACCCAAUUCACCAAAACCAAAAACACCAAACUUCAGACGUAAACGAUAUGGAUGAAAAAUGGAUGCAAGUAACAAUUUACCAGAAUCGCAAAACCAUAAGAUUCUGAUUGUUUCAUACAUACAUGUAUACGUUUUAUAUUUUUAAAAGAAAAUCUUUAGUGGACACCUCCACUUGUAAGAGAUAUUGCAGGAAAAAUGUUGAAAAUUUAUAAAAUAAAAUCUUAUUGUGUGAUACAUUCACAAUUCAUAUAUUCAAAAGACUAUCUUUGGAGCAUACAUGUUAACAUAGUUUGAUAUACUCAGGUGAAUCAUUUGUCUGUAAAUGUUCAAUAUUCCUAGUCAAUUUUUAGCAGCAAUGGCAAAGGAGGACUGUAACAUGGUCCAAGGACCUUUGAAAUUGUAAAGUGGUGAGAAUAUACAUAAUGAAAUAUCCAGUAUAAAAUAGCAUAUUCAAUAUGUAUAUAAUAUCAAUAGCAACAAAA